GGAAGGGGCUGCCCCGUGGGCGGAAGUGACGUGGCGCCGGCUUUCGGCUCUGAGGGGAACUGUAGCCGGUGGGUGGAAGGUGGAGGUGGUGGUGGCGGAAGAGGUUAGGCGGCUGAUGGCGGCUCCGGAUUGGAAACCAGUCUAACAUUUCCCCCUCCGCCUGGGAACCCUUCCCUGGAUUUACAAUGACAUCCUUUCAAGAAGUCCCAUUGCAGACUUCCAACUUUGCUCAUGUCAUCUUUCAAAAUGUGGCCAAGAGUUAUCUUCCAAAUGCACAUCUGGAAUGUCAUUAUACCUUAACUCCAUACAUCCAUCCACAUCCAAAAGAUUGGGUUGGUAUAUUUAAGGUUGGGUGGAGUACCGCUCGUGAUUAUUAUACAUUUUUAUGGUCCCCUAUGCCUGAACAUUAUGUAGAAGGAUCAACAGUCAACUGUGUACUGACAUUUCAAGGAUAUUACCUUCCAAAUGAUGAUGGAGAAUUUUAUCAGUUCUGUUAUGUUACCCAUAAGGGUGAAAUUCGUGGAGCAAGUACACCUUUCCAGUUUCGAGCUUCCUCUCCAGUUGAAGAGUUGCUUACUAUGGAAGAUGAGGGAAAUUCUGACAUGUUGGUAGUGACCACAAAAGCUGGCCUUCUUGAGUUGAAGAUUGAGAAAACCAUGAAAGAAAAAGAAGAAUUAAUAAAGCUGAUUGCUGUUUUGGAAAAAGAAACAGUACAACUUCGAGAACAAGUUGGAAGAAUGGAAAGAGAACUUAACAAUGAGAAGGAAAGAUGUGAGCACCUGCAAGCAGAGCAAAAGGGUCUUAUUGAAGUAUCACAAAGUUUAAAAAUGGAAAAUGAAGAGUUUAAGAAGAGAUACAGUGAUGCGACAUCUAAAGCUCUGCAGCUUGAGGAAGAUAUUGUGUCAGUGACACAUAAAGCAAUUGAAAAAGAAACUGAAUUGGACAGUUUAAAAGACAAACUCAGGAAGGUACAACAUGAAAGAGAACAACUUGAAUGUCAACUGAAGACAGAAAAGGAUGAGAAGGAACUUUAUAAGGUGCAUUUGAAGAAUACAGAAAUAGAAAAUACCAAGCUUGUAUCAGAGGUCCAGACUUUAAAGAAUUUAGAUGGAAACAAAGAAAGUAUGAUUACUCAUUUCAAAGAAGAGAUUGGCAGACUGCAGUUGUGUUUGGCUGAAAAGGAAAAUCUGCAAAGGGCUUUCCUGCUUACAACCUCAAAUAAAGAAGAUUCAUUUUCUUUAAAGGAGCAGCUUCGUAAAGCAGAGGAACAGGUUCAGGCAACUCGACAAGAAGUUGUCUUUCUGGCUAAAGAACUUAGUGAUGCAGUAAAUGUGCGAGAUAAAACAAUGGCAGAUCUACAUACUGCACGCUUGGAAAAUGAGAAAGUGAAGAAGCAGUUAGCUGAUGCACUGGCAGAACUUAAACUAAAUGCUGUGAAAAAAGAUCAGGACAAGACUGAUACAUUGGAACAUGAACUGAGAAGAGAAGUUGAAGAUUUGAAACUCCGUCUCCAGAUGGCUGCAGAUCAUUAUAAAGAAAAAUUUAAGGAAUGUCAGAGGCUCCAAAAACAAAUAAACAAACUUUCAGACCAAUCAGCCAAUAACAAUGUGUUCACAAAGAAAGUUGGGAAUCAGCAGAAAGUGAAUGAUGCUUCAAUAAACACAGACCCAGCCACUUCUGUGUCUGCUGUAGAUGUAAAGCUGCCACUAUCUUCUGCAGCAGAGACAGAUUUUGACUUGCUCUCGAAAGGUAAAGUCUGUGAAAUGACCAAAGAAAUUGCUGACAAAACAGAAAAGUAUAAUAAAUGUAAACAACUCUUGCAGGAUGAGAAAACUAAAUGCAGUAAAUAUGCUGAUGAACUUGCAAAAAUGGAGCUGAAAUGGAAAGAACAAAUGAAAAUUGUUGAAAAUGUAAAACUUGAACUAGCUGAAGUAGAGGACAAUUAUAAAGAACUUAAAAGGAAUUUAGAAAAUCAAACAGAAAAGAAAAUGGAAGUCCAUAGUUCCCAACAGACCUCACAGUGUCUCAACACAUGCUCAGAGCAAAGUGGGCACGUUCAUGUACUGCCAAAUGUACAACCAGUUCUGCAGUAUGGUAAUCCGUAUGCAACACAGGAAACAAGAGAUGGAGCAGAUGGUGCUUUUUAUCCAGAUGAAAUUCAAAGGCCACCUGUAAGAGUCCCUUCUUGGGAAGACAAUGUUGUCUGUAGCCAGCCUUCUCGAAACCUUAGUCGGCCUGAUGGUUUAGAAGACCCAGAGGACAGCAAAGAAGAUGAAAAUGUGCCCACUGUUUCUGAUCCACCAAGUCAGCAUUUACGUGGGCAUGGAACAGGCUUUUGCUUUGAUUCCAGCUUUGAUGUUCACAAGAAGUGUCCUCUUUGUGAACUAAUGUUUCCUCCCAACUAUGAUCAGAGCAAAUUUGAAGAACAUGUUGAAAGCCACUGGAAGGUGUGCCCAAUGUGCAGCGAGCAGUUCCCUCCUGACUAUGACCAGCAGGGGUUUGAAAGGCAUGUUCAGACCCAUUUUGAUCAGCAUGUUCUAAACUUUGACUAGGUACUUUUUAUUAUGAUUUAAUACAGUUUAGCAAUUUAAAAAAAGUCACUUCAAAUAGACCACUAAGAAGACCACAAGGCACCACUUUCACGCAUCCUCUACCAUACUUUUCUGACAAAGAGCUACUUUGAGUUUGGUGUUGCUAGGGUCAGAGUCAGUCUUUGGCUUAUCAAUAAAUAUAAUUUUAACCUAACUAUUAAUCUUACUUGCUUUAAGAAAAGAAGUUCUUGUGUGUUUAUAUCUUUAUUUAUUCUCAUUUGCAAAAUUGUAUGAAAAAAGGAUACAGGAAUUAUUUUAAUGUUACUGCACUGAAAAAAUAUAUAUGUAAUAGUGUGCUAGAUUACUUAGCAGAAUAUUUACAAGUUUCUGUUGAUCUUGUUGAUUGAGCAUGAUUACUAAAUAUUAUGUAAUAAAAAACAUUGAUCAUAACAGUUUUGCGAAGUUAAUUCUUUGAAUAUAUAUAGAAAAGUCCAUAAUUUAGCUUGUGAAAUAAUAGUUCUAAAAUUUUCUUUAGAAAUGAAAGUUCAGGUAGAAUGAGAUCACAUGCUUGCAAAUACCCUUUUUAUAUAUGAAAUGUUGGCUUUAGGAAUUAAUAGAAGGCAUAUUUUGCUAAUUUUAUGACAAAAUUUAGAAUAACCAAAUGACUAUUUUUAAACUGCGUUGAAUUUGUAUUUAUAACUAAUGGGGAAAGGGAACAAGUCAGUACAAUUUGUUUUCAUAUUAAAUGACCUCAUAACAGUGUUUGUGGCAUAAAAAUCGGAAUAUGUCAGUAUCUUUUUCACAUUUUCCUGAUGAGAAUAUAAAUUUGAAAUAACAUUUUCAGUGAUUAAAAAUGUAAAUGCAUAAACCCAAAUGAAAGUAAUGUGUUUCUUUAGUUGUGUCUGCUGUGCAGUCCCCAUUAACAUUAAAGAACACACAUUUUUCAAGGUC